AUGAGUGAGAAGCCCACAUCCAUUAAAUUAGUCGUCGUAGGCGAUGGAGCCGUCGGGAAGACGUGUCUUCUGAUAUCAUACUCGAUAAAAAAGUUUCCGGAGGAUUACAUCCCAACUGUCUUCGACAAUUAUGUUGUCACGUUAACCGCUGGGUCUCGACAAAUUCAACUUGCUUUAUGGGAUACAGCGGGCCAAGAGGAAUAUGAUCAAUUAAGACCACUGAGUUACUCAUCCGCAUCGAUUUUCUUAAUUUGUUUCUCCGUCACUUCGUCUGUCUCGUACGACAACGUGUUAACAAAAUGGCAUCCAGAAGUCGUCCACUUUGCUCCUAAAGUCCCUAUCAUUCUCGUCGGAACUAAAUUGGAUACUAGAAAUGAUCCAUCUAUCGUUCAAAGACUUGCUGAACAAGGAAUGACCGUCAUUAACACCGCAAAGGGCGAGGAACUCAAAACCAAAAUUAAGGCCGUCAAGUACUUGGAGUGCUCGGCUAAGACUGGAGAGAAUCUCAAAACCGUUUUCGAUGAGGCAGUCAAGACAGUCUUGAUGAAUAAGCCCGCCCAAAAAUCGAAAUGUGCGCUUUUAUAA